AUGGACGUGAUGGACGGCUGCCAGUUCUCACCUUCCGAGUACUUUUACGACGGCUCCUGCAUCCCGUCCCCCGAGGGUGAGUUUGGGGACGGGUUUGAUCCCCGAAUGGCUGCCUUCGGGGUGCACAAAGCGGAGCUGCAGGGCUCCGACGAGGACGAGCACGUGCGAGCUCCCACUGGCCACCACCAGGCGGGCCACUGCCUCAUGUGGGCGUGCAAGGCGUGCAAGAGGAAGUCCACCACCAUGGACCGGCGGAAGGCGGCCACCAUGCGCGAGCGGAGACGCCUGAAGAAGGUCAACCAGGCCUUUGAGACGCUCAAGAGGUGCACCACGACCAACCCUAACCAGAGGCUCCCCAAGGUGGAGAUCCUCAGGAACGCCAUCCGCUACAUCGAGAGCCUGCAGGAGCUGCUGCGGGAGCAGGUGGAGAACUACUACAGCCUGCCUGGCCAGAGCUGCUCAGAGCCCCCCAGCCCCACCUCCAACUGCUCCGACGGCAUGCCUGAAUGUAAUAGUCCCAUCUGGUCCAGAAAGAACAGCAGUUUUGACAGCGUCUACUGUCCUGAUGUAUCAAAUGUCUAUGCCACAGACAAAGGCUCCCUAUCCAGCUUGGAUUGCUUGUCCAGCAUAGUGGAUCGCAUCUCCUCCUCAGAGCAGCCUGCGCUGCCUCUCCUGGAGCCGGCCUCCCUCUCUCCCGUCCCCAGCACGGAUCCACAGCCUGUAACUCCAGGGGCCUCCACUGCCAGGCUUGUCUAUCAUGUGCUAUGA